AUGACUGUUACCUACACCAACCGGGUGGCAAACGUCCACCUGGGCACCUUCUCCAGGCUCCUGCUCCAAUGGCGAGGGAGCAUCUACAAACUCCUCUAUUGCGAAUUCUGCAUCUUCGUCCUCAGCUAUUUCACCAUUAGCAUCAUUUACAGACUGAUCCUCAGUGAAAGCCAGAGGCUGCUGUUUGAGAAGUUGGCCUUGUACUGCGAUAAGUACGCCCAGCUCAUCCCUGUGUCAUUCGUGCUGGGCUUCUACGUGACCCUGGUCGUGUCCCGCUGGUGGAGUCAGUACCAGAGCAUCCCCUGGCUCGACCGGCUCAUGAACCUGGUCUCAGCCAACGUGGAAGGCGAGGAUGAGCAAGGCCGGCUGCUUCGGCGCACCCUGAUGCGCUACGCCCACCUGUGCACGGUUCUUAUCCUCCGCUCAGUGAGCACCGCUGUCUAUAAACGCUUCCCCAGCAUCCGACACCUGGUGCAGGCCGGCCUCAUGACCCCCGAGGAGCACAAACGAUUUGAGAGCCUCAACUCUCCCCACAACAAAUUCUGGGUUCCGUGUGUGUGGUUUGCCAACCUGGCCGCCAAAGCCCGAAGGGAAGGCCAGAUCAGGGACAGCGUUGUUCUCCAGGGUAUCCUGAAUGAGCUGAACACCUUACGCUCUCAGUGUGGGGCCCUCUACGGCUAUGACUGGAUCAGUGUCCCUCUAGUCUACACCCAGGUGGUCACCGUCGCAGUCUACAGCUUCUUCUUGGCCUGUCUGAUAGGGCGACAGUUUCUGGACCCAACCAAAGGCUACCCAGGCCACGAGCUGGACCUUUUCAUGCCUGUCUUCACCCUUCUCCAGUUCUUCUUCUAUGCUGGCUGGUUAAAGGUGGCAGAGCAGCUCAUUAACCCCUUCGGGGAGGACGACGAUGACUUUGAGGCCAACUGGCUGAUUGACCGGAAUUUACAGGUAUCUCUUCUGGCUGUGGAUGGCAUGCACCAAGACUUGCCAGUCCUGGAGAAGGACAUGUACUGGAACGAGUCAGACCCCUGCCUGCCCUACACAGCCGCCACUGCUGAGUCCAAGCGAGCCUCCUUCAUGGGCUCCACCUUUGACAUCAGCAUGCAGAAGGAAGAGAUGGAGUUUCAGCCCCUAGAACAGAUAAAGGAGAACGAGGAGGCCAAUCACUCGACUCCGUUCAUGAGCCCCUUCAGUCGCCUCCUGGGAGGCCAGCCAACCAGUUUCACCAGAUCUACCUCUAAAACGAACCUGCUUCGGAGGAGGGAUUACCCAUACCAGGACGUGGGCAAGCCCAGGAGCUCCUGUUGUGCCUGGACCUCCAAGGGUGAUUCUUCCUCCCAGGCUGGUUCCAGCUUGAGGGAACAGUGGGACAAUGAAGACUCGAAGCUGCGGGAACUCGAUGCCUUCAUCUGUACCCCCUUCUAUGAGAGGCCUGGCUUCUACAGUGCCCCCCAGACCCCCAUCAGCUCCUUCCCUCUGGUUUUCCCACUGAAGCGCCCACCAGGCAGAAGAUGUGCUCUCUCCAGUGCCCAUGCUGGCUCAUCCUCCACGAAGGACAAUUGUGCCAAUCCUUGCCCAUCACAGGCCAGUGACAUGGACAGGAGCCCAAAUUCCCUGACUUCCAGCAUGAGGGAAACUUUCAUCUGGCCCACAGAGAGAGGCAAAACCCCUGAGGUCUCCUUGGUGGCCACCCUGGAGGACCAUCUGCCCAGGAAAAAUGAAGAACUUGGGGCCCCAGGGACCCCAGAGGCCCAGACCACAGCUUUAGGGAGCCCCAACCUCCUGUUUCAGUCUGUAGCUCCUGAUGUAGAGAAACCAGACAGCUUGAGGAGCCCCAGGGGCCCCUGGCACACCUGGCUGGCCCCAGAGAACACAGCUGUUCUCAGUUCAGAUUCACUCCCUGCAAUGGGCAGCCCCUCAGCUCCCGGUGAUGAUCUCACCUCUGUCCCUCUGGCACCACCUUUGCUCUCUCAAGUCAGGUACAACAAAGCUGCCAUGCCUGGCUCUGAAGCUCAUGGGCCCAGCAACAUUGGCCAGGUCUCCAUGGAAAUGUCGGGGUCUCCAAAAGAUCUAGGGAGCAAAGGGGAUGUCCAUUUCACCAUGGAGCCCAGGGCAGCUCCUGAGCAUCCUUCCUCUAAAGACUCAGGCAUCUCCCUGGCUGAGGGAGACUUGGUGGGGCUGAUAGAAACAAUCCUGGAAAGGAGCGAGUUCCCUGACGCUGGACAAGUGGGCAGGUUCAAUUAG